AUGUCUCAAAUAGUUAUCAAUGAUUUGGUGGAUGUGUUGACUGAAGACAACAAAAGACUGUUCAAUGAAUUGUCUCAUCAAAUGGACAUCACUUACAAGAAGUUGUUGUUUAAGACAGUCGUCAGCGGAAGCGAUAGAUAUCUGCAACAGAGGGUCAGUACAUCCCAAGAGAUAUCAACACAUCCUAUGAAUGAACACAAGAGUGGAUCCAAUGAUAAGACUAUGGGUGACACCAGUGAUGGCAAUGUCUUCGAGAAAUCAUUUGAAUGUUUAAAUAAAAUGAUCUCAAGAUUGGAUCAGAUAAUGGCGACAAUGGUUGACACUAUUACUGAUAAUAAAGUGAAGAUUGAAUGCAACGCUAGUCCGCAGCAAAUGGUCACCACUUAUGAGGGUUUGAAUGAAACCAAAGACAAACACACAUCACAUGAAACGGACACCAAAUCAGUGCUCAAAUCAAAUAAUGUGUCAAAUAAUAGGUAUAAAUGUGUGGCCGAAGACUGCGGUUACUUAUCCACUGACAAGACAUCUCUUGAGCAACACAUGGAAAUGGAUCACAAGAAUGAAUGCCUAUUCAAAUGCAAUCAUUACUCGUGCGAUGCGAUGGUUAGGACACCGGAAGCACUCAGGGAUCACAUCAAUGACAGGCAUUCACUCAAAGGGUUAAAGAGUUUUGAAUGCGAUUACAGUGGCUGUGGCCGAGUGUUUGACCGGAAGUACACUUUGGAGAAACACUGGUUCACACACUCUGUGGACAAACCACUGAAGUGUUCAGUCAAUGGAUGCCAUUAUCAGUGCAUACGAAAGCGUCAAAUGCAAUGUCACACGAAUGGACACAUCAGACACAACACAAUCAUACUACUGCAUUCGGGUCGAGUGUAUCCGUGCGAGUGGUCCGGCUGUAAAUAUAAGACAAAAAACAAGUGGGCACUGCGUAAGCACCGGGAGAUUCACAAUCCAGAACAACCUUAUGCGUGUGAGUGGGCGGGCUGUGAGUACCGGAGCAACAGCUACUUGAAUCUCUACGGCCAUAAGGCUACCCAUAAUCCUAUUGCCAAAUACGAGUGCUAUUGGCCUGAAUGUGGCAAACGGUUUAAAACGAAAAGUAAUUUAAACAAACAUUUGAAAACACAUUCCGGUUGA